GCAUUUACUAGCGAGGAACGUUGAGUUAUGUAACAAAUAAGAACUACAACGACCAGCACACAGUACUUCCGUAGGUUGUUUUGACGUCAAAAAAAGUUGCUGAAUUGCGGUGUGUACGAAAAAGAACGUUUUGAAGUACAUAGCUAAUAAAGAUGAGCUCCAACGCCGCGAGCCCUGUGUCGGGCAGCGCCAGUGCCGGGAGGACUUCCGGAAAGGCCACCAGUUUCAUCCCCGAGCUGCAGAGCAUGAUCGCUUGUUUGUCUGUCCUGCGCAGGUUUGCUCUGGGAGACGCCCGCAGGCCUCUACACGAGACGGCGGCGCUGGUGGAGGACAUCGUGCACACCCAGCUCAUCAAUCUGCUCCAUCAGGCUGCUGAGGUGUCACUUUUAAGAGGAGCUCGGGUUAUAUCAGCUGAAGACCUCUUGUUUCUAAUGAGAAAAGACAAGAAAAAAGUACGCAGGUUGCUGAAGUACAUGCAGUUCAGAGACUACAAGUCCAAGAUACUCAAAAGUAUUGAAGAUGAAGAUCCACUUGAUUCAGAUAAGUACAGUUCCAAUAUAAACAAGCGGCAGAGGCUUGCUCAGGACUUCCUGGCCUCCAUUGACCAGACAGGAGAAUUUCUGGCUUUGCUGGACGAAGAAGAAAUUGAUGAGGUCAGACAAGAGAGACUGGAGAGGUUGGAGAGGCAGACCAGAGUAAUGGACUCUGCUCAGUACAGUGAAUUCUGCGAGAGUCGACAGCUCAGCUUCUCCAAAAAGGCCUCAAAGUUUCGCGAGUGGCUGGACUGCAGCAGCAUGGAGGUGAAGCCCAAUGCCGUUUCCAUGGAGAUCCUGUCCUACCUGGCGUACGAGACUGUGGCUCAGUUGGUGGACCUGGCACUGCUCGUUAAACAGGACAUGACUCAGAAGACUGGAGAUCCCUUCAGCCAUGCCAUAUCAGCCUCCUUCAUCCAGUAUCAUAACUCCACUGGCGAGGUUCACCUCGCAGGCCAGGCUGUAACUGUCAAGCGAGAUCCCGACUCGCCGGAAAACACCCCCCCGUCCACGCCCGGCGCCCCGCUGGCCCCCGCGCAUCCGGGGAAGCUUCACUCUGUCGCCCAGGGCAACGGGGGGCUGGGCCAAGACGGCGGAAAAUUCAAACAGAGGAAGAGAAAGAAGAGUGCGGCCGCCGGCAGCUCGGAGGCCCAGAGCAGUGCCAUCCAGCCGGCCCAUAUCAGAGAGGCCAUCCGGCGCUACAGCCAGAGCGCCAGCCCCCUGUCGCCCUUCUCCAGUGCCUACCGCAGAAGCGGGAUGACUUUCCUGGCCUGCUGAUUGGCUGGGGGCCUCAGGAGCACACAACCGAAUUGCCACUACCCAAAGAAGACGUUCCCCCUCCUCUUCCUCUCUCCUACCCCCAUCAGAGGAAGGAUAUGCGGCCCCCAUGUGUCUCUUGUUUACUGGCUGCAGCAUUGGCUUAAUUGAGGAAGGAAGUUUGGCAGCAGAGUGUAGGUUGUCAGGAAUGUGGGCGGCGCCGUCUCUGUGUGGCUGGCAGGAGAAGCAGUGUCAGUCUGCAGAACUCCUUCAACAAAAACAAACUGGGUUUCAUCUUGUGCGUAUAAAACUUUACAGCUCAAUUGAGUAAACGCUUUUGUACUUGUUAUUUCAUUUCAUUGUACGUUUUCUUUACUGACAAAGCCGUUCUGAUUUACGACGAAGAAUGUCACGAAACCUCUUACUACAGUAGAACAAAGACCUGAAACAAAUGUACAGAUCUCUUACAUUGACGUAAAGGUCAAACUGAGAAGUCAAGCAGUACUCAAUAAAAUAUAUACAUAUUUGUACGUCAAAAUAAGUGUGCAGCGCUGGAAUUAAGCUGCCUAGCCUAGCUAUAAUAGACUAACACUAGGUUUAUAUGCAGAAUGCCAUAGAGGGAUGUUGGGCAGACGCUGAAGUCACCUCACUGCUGAGCAGCCCCUUGUAAAAAUGUAUUUAAUGGGAGGUGUGACUUAGGGGGCAGUCGAGGGCUUUGGUUGCUGUGGGGUUCACUCCCUGGUAACUGUUAGCAGUGGGAGGCAGUGUGACAGUUCUCUUGCAGCAGUCAGGCAAACUAAGAUAGAGGCACAGCGGUCAGGUAAACCCCAUAAUAAAAUUACAUUGAGUCCCCUAUACAAUAUGAGUGUAAACCCAAUACGGUAUUUAAAUAGACUUGUUGAGGUGUUGCUUCAAGCAGAGGAACAGCAGGUCUAUGCACCAUGGUAGAGAAACAUAGACCAUCCAACACCUCUGUAGAACUUGCACAGAGCAGUCCAGAACAUAGCUUUAGGUGCCAUGUUGGUUCAGGGACUUGGGGGUUGGGAACCGUUUCUGUGACAUAAGCAUGAGGUCAUCUUCCUUCAUUUAUAUUCUCCAUCCCUCCCAGUCCUCCACUGCCUUGCUUGUUUACAUAUGCCCUGAGGUACCUGUGAGAUUUUCAGAAGUUAAAAAAAAUACAGAUUCCAUCACGUCAUCAACUCGUUUUAGUCAACUAGUAGUGCCGCCUCCUAUGAUGCCUUGACUCGAGGGGUUUUUGAAAGUGGAUAGUUAUGUUUUCAGCCACUGAUUAGAAUGUUAAAUUGUACUCCUAAGCAGUUGGAUAUAAAAUUAUCAACACAUUGAAUAACCAAGGCUUUGAAUCUGGAUUUGUGUCCUGUGAUGUAGAUGUUUUUUUUUUCCAUUUAAGUAGUUGUAUUGUUCAGUUUUGUAAAUCCUUAUGUCAAAAUGGCACAAUAAAGCAUUGUUUUUUUUUU